AUUUCUUGACUCAUCUAUAAAAGGGACGACACCAUUAAGACUCGAGAAAGAAAAAAAAAGACAAGAACAAAAAACAAAAACAAAAAAUGAUGAAGUGUUUGAUCUGUCUCUCUCUUAUCCUCCUCCCUCUCAUCUCCGUCGUGGAAGGUAAUCUUGGUGGCUUAGGUAAUCUCGGUGGCUGGAAGCCGAUUGAUUUAUCUGAUCUGAACAUCCAAUCGCUCGCCAACUAUGCGAUUAAUGAGCAUAACGUGCAAUCUAAGGCGAACCUUGUGUUCGUGAAGAUCGUCGAGGGGAAGGAGCAAGUGGUUACCGGAAAGAGGUACGAUCUGACAAUCGCGGCGAAGGAUGGCAGUGGCGCCACAAAGAACUACGAGGCCAUCGUGGUGGAAAGGCCGUGGGAUCAUUACAAGAGCCUUGAGUCAUUCAAGGCCUUAUAGAUUAGAAUCGAUAUAUUAUAAUAAUUUGAAGGUUUGAUAACUUGAUAAUUUGAGAUUUUGAUAUUAUGUUUAUUGUUUUUUGGAAUAAAAUCUAAAGCAUAGAUAUGUCUCUUA